AUGUUUCCACUGGCUGUGGUCUGUGGUAAUACGUUUGUCAUGAAACCAUCUGAACGUGUUCCUGGUGCAACCAUGUUGCUUGCAAAGCUCGCACAAGAUGCUGGGCUGCCUGAUGGUGUGUUGAACGUAAUUCAUGGUGCGCACGAAGCGGUGAAUUUCAUUUGUGACGAUCCAAGCAUUCAGGCAAUCUCUUUUGUUGGUUCUGAUCAAGCUGUAAGUAUUUCACCCUGGUAAUCCUUGUUUAAAAAUGAGAUAUGGCGGAUUCUAUGUGGAAAAAGUUUAAAAUUAAAUGUGUUCUUCAUAGGGAAAGUAUAUAUAUGAUCGUGGUUCUCAAAAUCGGAAAAGAGUUCAAUCAAAUAUGGUGAGUCUUUUUCGGUCACAAUUCUUUUAAAAUUUAACCCAUUUUUUCAGCUGUCAGAUCACAAGAAUUGACUGUUCAAAUGUUUCAAUAUAUUCCAGGGUGCAAAAAACCAUGGUGUCAUAAUGCCUGAUGCAAAUAAAGAUCAUGCUCUUAAUCAGGUAAUAUUUAAAAAUUCUGAACCACCACUAACUGUUCAGCAAGUUUCAACGAAUGAUUUCAACUAAAUUCCAACCUUUUGAUUUUUGGUCCUGUAGCUUGUCGGAGCAGCUUUCGGUGCCGCUGGUCAGCGGUGUAUGGCACUGUCCACUGCGAUAUUUGUGGGUGAAUCUAAAGACUGGAUCCCAGAAUUUGUUGAGCGUGCAAAGAAACUGAAAGUAAAUGCAGGUAGGUUCAUUUUUUGUUUGCACAUAGGUCACUAUGUCACGCACUGGGCGCCAUCUUGGUUGAUCUGUGAGUUUACCUUAGCUUGUUUAUUGGUUUGGUUUACCAAUGGGUAACCAUAUUGUGGAUAGCUUUGUGGUCUCUGGCUUGAUAUAAUCUGCGCAUUAUAGAAUGUAGUACAGUUAUAAGUGUGUUUUAAAAAUCAACCAACGUGGCCUCGAUUGCAAAGGACUAUUAACAUAAAGCUUAGGAACUGAUGAAACUGAAUCUCAUAUUCAGAAUAUAUACUUAACAGACCCAACUCAGCAAAUAACUGCAGUCACCAGGUUCCUAGCCAGUGUGCUAACAAGAGGCACUCACCCCUCUGAAUGCUCUGCAUUUUCAAUGUUUUCUGUGGGAUUUACAGCCUCUCCUUGGUGCACUGGCUAGGACCAUGCAAUGGCGGAGAUUACGCUGACAUCAAAGGUACGGACAAGGAGUCGAAGCUCUGUGUCUAUACUGUGCUUGUAUGAUAGCGUUUAUUUCUUUUGUGUAGGACAUCAACCUGAUGCUGACCUGGGUCCAUUGAUCUCUCCCCAGGCCAAAGAUCGUGUGUGUGACUUGGUUCAGUCUGGUGCAGACGAAGGAGCCACGGUAAAUGAAUAAUUCAGUAAAUAAAGUAUUACAAUAUUUGUUUCUAUGCAAUGUCCGAAUUUGCAGCCAUUCAAUGUCCAGACCAGAAUUUCUGUCUCUAUUGACAGAGAUUUAUUUUUGUCCAGGGAUUUUGAAAAUCUGGCUAUUAAAAAAAGGACCUGCUUGUAAGUUGGUCAAAAUUUUCCAGUCAGAACGGUCCGAAGGCCAAACGUUUUGUAUUCCAUCAGUUUUGGAUUGAGAAAGAUACAACUAGCAUGAAAAAUAUAGAAGCAGAACUUCGACCUUCUUCGUUAUUAACUUCUCGACUGAAGGGCCUUCGCUUAUAUUUUUUACGCAGUUGUAUUUCUCUUGAACCGCAGCUGUCGUCUUAUCGUCGCUCACAACACUGGCACAGACCAUUCUAUUCAAUAAUUUGAUCAAACUGACCGUAUUAAAGGAGCAGUGUCACGGUUCUGCUGCGCAUCCAAAAUAUGCGCGAACUUGAAAAACUGUCUGCCAACAAUUAAUCAAGUUAGGAGUGAAAUACGAUAUACUAUACUAUUUAUAAUCGCUUCAUUAUGCAGGACAUCCUUGCGUUGUUUUAAAAAUUGAAGGCUGCUGCAUCUUUUCCAAUCAUGUAGCAUUAAUUUUAAACGUUUCUUUGCGCCGUUUAUUUUAGCCAAUCAGCGCCGUGACACUGCCCCUUUAAUGGAAAGCACCCUUUGUUUGCUUUCAUUUUUAGAUCGAUUUAGAUGGGCGAGGUGUAAAAGUCGAGGGUUACGAAAAAGGCAAUUUUGUUGGCCCAACUGUGAUAUCUGGUGUUAAGGUUGGUGAAAGCUCAUCGUAUCGUUGAAUACAAUGUAUUGAAAUCUAAAAAUUGAAGCCAUUUCGAUUUGGCCCCUGAAUUUAUCCCAAUCAGAGGUCGGCACACCGUUCCUUGCUACACACGUAAAAACGCACAAGUUGUAACAAACUUGCAGCAGACUUGUAGCAAUGCUGUUUCAACAACUUGUCAACAGGAUGUGUUCGCACUGCUUGUUCCCAACUUGUUGACAAGUUGUCAACGGCUUGCUACAAGGUUGUUGAGUUCAACAGACUUGUUACAAGUUGUUCCAACAACUUGUUAUCGUCCUGCAAUUCAACAAUUUGUUAUUUGUAAACAAGUUGUCAGUGACAACACUGACAACCUUGUAGCAACUUGAUAAAUUAACAGCAUUGUUACAACUUGACAAGCUUGCCACAAGCCUGUUGCGAACACAUCUUGUUGACAAGUUGUGAGAUUUUUUACGUGUGUACAGUACAGUACCUAACAUAAGUAUUAUAUGCAAACUGUAAAUUUUUAGCCAAACAUGAAAUGUUACAAAGAAGAAAUAUUUGGACCUGUCUUAUUGGCGAUGACAGCUGAUAACCUUGAAGAGGUAACACGAAUAUUAUUCAUAUCUUGCUUGUUAAUUCAAGGUGCGACAAUUCGCGUAGUCUUACGCACCGGAGGUACGCCAAUACUUCGUGCGUUCUCAGCCAAGUACGACGUAUGUACCUACGUGAUACUUUCACUGCGUCUUUACUUAUCUGCGCACUUCCAUUUUGCGGAAGUUGGUAAAUCCGUUGCAGUCAAUAGUUGCAGUCAAUAGUCACGUUUUUGACAACACCGGACGUCACGCAAAAAUUGGUAUAACUAAUUUUGGCGGCAUUUUGCCUCGUAUCCUCUCUCCUCCGCAGAGGCUUAAUUGGCUAUGCGCUCCUUCGCCCAGCGGCUACGCUCGUGUUCCCAGAUCCGCCAUGUAAAGUGUAGUGAAAUGUAUCUCAUCGUCAUAUUAAAUACUAAGAAAACUAAAGCCUCUGCGGAGGAGAGAGCCUCGUAUCGCUGUCUAAGAAAGCAAAAAAAAUAUUUUAAUCUUAUGUUUUGUCACAUGUGUUGAAGAUUACUACAAACUGACACAAACAUAGUUUUUAUUCCAGUCCCCUCUCGGUAAUCUGACGUCCUUGUUGACAAAAACGUCGCUUGCUAAGUUCCCUAAUAGGUAUUUCUUUUAAGUCUGGCGUCAGCAUGCAUAAAUUAUUUUGUGACGUCACAAAAUAAUUUGUGCUUGCUGACGCCAGAGUUUUAAGAAAGGUCUAUUUUAGAGUUCUAUAUAUGCAAUUCUAUUUCAUUCUUAAAUAUAUUUUAGAAAACUGUCCUUUAUGUACUUUAUGUUAAAGACUAAGUACACCUUGAAUCUUCAGUUUAACCUGGGGCCGGUUGUAUCAAGCAAGCAAUAGAAAGCAAGUCUAUAGUUUCAUUCAACAACCAAACUAAAAGUUUUGAACCUUAAUAGAACGAUAAUGUUUACAACUACAUAUUUAGUGCACAAUAUUUAAGUUGACUGAUUCACGAGAGAGAAAAGAGUGUUAUUUAAUUUUGACUUAUCCACGGGCUUGAUACAACCGGCCCCUGGUUAAUACAAAUCAACGGACAAUUUUAGGGAAUUGAUAAAUUCUAUAUCUUCGUACAACCGACUACGCAGCUAUCUCACAUGCCUAGUCACUGCUGGUCUGAUAGUUAGUAUAGUUAGACAAAGCUAACCAAGCAUUUACGUUAUAAUUGUGAAUGAAUUGGAUGACCAACGGGCCGGUAACAUGCGUCAUCUCAUUAGAUCCAUUCAUGUACAUGCGUGUACUCUUUGCAUUUUAAAUAUUCACGAGUUUGAUCAAUUUUAGGCGGUCGAAAUAAUCAACAACAAUGAAUAUGGUAACGGUACUGCCAUCUUCACUUCGUCUGGUGCCGUAGCGAGGAGAUUUCAAAAUGACGUGAACGUUGGCCAAGUAAGUUUUAACAUUUGCAAAAGUACUCGUGUCCAGUACUUGUCCAGAACCUUGACAAUGAUUUUCAAAUAAAGCCGAAAUAUCACCGCAUAUCGUGUAUUCUAUCUUGAGAGCACAAGAUGGUUGGGAGUAAUGGAGUAUGUUUUGUAUUGUACUAGUCUGGAUAUCUAGUAAAGGCCACCUCUUUCUUAUCGGUCCAGUGUUACUACGGGAGGAAACGUAUGUUUUUUGGUAGUGGCACGCUAAAAUGCCUUUCCCACGCCUCGCCUCCCUAAUUUUUGCUGCCCGCACCCCAACCCCUACGCAGGUCACCAGCACUCCAAUUCCAUUCGUAGCUAAAAUCUCUAUUAUGUUUCAGAUCGGAGUCAAUGUCCCCAUUCCAGUUGCACUGCCCAUGUUUUCUUUCACUGGUUCACGAGGAUCGUUCUUGGGCUCUUCUCAUUUCUACGGAAAAGAGGUAAUAGUACUCGGAGAUGACUUUAUUUUGUCUGUUCUAGCCGCCAAGUGAAAAAUACCAACAGAACUUCACGUUUUGA